AUGCGAUCCAGUGCUUCUCCAGCUCCACCAUCGCGGCUUGCACCGUCCGGAAAAAUUGACGCGGUUGGUCUCGAGCACGACGUUGAGGCAAUUAUGAAUUGGCUCCGUCGAGAUGCCCACGAGCUCCUCUUCAUCCCGAUCGCUGGCGCAGGAGGAAUCGGUAAAACAACCCUAGCUCGAAAUGUUUAUCACGAUCCCUAUUUCAUUGAUACCUUUGAUAUUCGUGCUUGGGUUACAGUAUCUCAGGAAUAUAGUUUCAGCGACAUUUUCGCAAAUCUGCUUGUUUCCAUGAAAAAAUUCGUUAGAGAAGACAUUUCUAGCUUAAGCAAAGAGGAAAUUCCUUUAAAAGUUCACCAAACGCUAACGAAUCGAAGAUAUUUUAUCGUAAUUGAUGAUAUGUGGAGUACCAAGGCCUGGGAUGAGAUAAAGCCCUAUUUCCCCAACAACAACAACACAAGUCGGAUAAUAUUAACCACGAGGUUAGAGGAUGUGGCUGAGUAUGUUGUUUGUCCGGAGAAAUUCCAUCAGAUGCAAUAUUUGAAAGAUGAUCAGAGUUUGAGUCUGCUUAAGAAGGAGUUGUGUAAAGGGGAAUGUCGUCUUCCGAUGCUGGAAACUAUGGAAGAUAUAGCAACGAGGAUCACGAAGAGCUGCGGAGGGCUGCCCCUCGCGAUUGUGGUGACUGCGGGACUUCUCUCGGAAGUCAGUGAGACGGAAGCUGACUGGGAGCAGAUUGCCUUCACCUCGAAUCUGGCCAUCACUGCGGAUGAGGACCAGUAUACUGCGAUCUUAGAUUUGAGCUAUACCAAUUUGCCUCACCAUUUGAGGCCUUGUUUCUUGUACAUGGGAGCCUUUCCGGAAGAUUAUGAUAUUCGAGUCUCGAAAUUGGUGAAAUUUUGGAUAGCUGAGGAUUUGGUUCAGUCAACUGCACCAAAAACCCUUGAAGAGGUAGCAGAGGAGUGGCUGGAGGAUUUGGUUAGGAGGAAUCUUGUUUUGGUUACGAAGAGGAAGUCGAAUGGGAGAAUCAAGAGCUGUGGCCUUCAUGAUCUGUUGCGCGACUUGUGCCUUAUGAGAUCGCUGGAAGACAAUUUUCUCCUAUGUUUUAUGGGUUCGUUUUUUCUACCUGAAAUCUUUGCAACUCAGCUUCGUAUUAGUAUAUCUCAUUCUAAUAUCCUUGCACACAUUGACGGCUCAACCAUCCGUACUAUUAUAUGCUACAGCCAUAGUUCAGUAGACUCUUUGGAGAAAUUUAGGUUGCUCAGGGUUUUGGAUAUGCUAAACUCAAAAAUCCCAGCUCAUGUGUUUGAGCUGAUUGAUCUUAGAUUUCUUGCUUUCAGCUACUCCACUGUGAAUCCCGCGUCCAUAUCAAGCCUCCAGAAUCUCCAAACCUUGAUUAUUUAUCCAAAUAACGCUUCUGUAGUGGUUCAUUUGCCAGUUGAGAUAUGGAAGAUGCCAUGGUUAAGACAUCUCAUCUCCCCCUCCUUACAACUCUUGCUCCACCCCGAUGGAGCAACUCCUCCUUCCAAAAGCUUGCAAACACUUUCACUUGCAACCAACUUUGAAUGUAAUGAAAGGGUGGUAAAAAUGAUUCCUAAUGUUAGGAAGUUGGGAGUAUGUUACUCCGAAGAGAAGCUUGAUGGGAGCUAUCAUCUAGAAAACCUUCUAUGUUUGCUUCGACUUGAGAAAUUCAAAAUGGAGAUACGUAGUAGUCUCCCUGUCAGUCCACAGCUGAAUUUUGUUCUUCCCGAGUCUCUCAGAAAGUUAACCUUGAGCGGUUGGCGGCAUACUUGGAAAGAUUUGAGUAUUGUCGGUUUGUUGCCUAAUCUUCAAGUGCUCAAACUGCGAAACUAUGCCUGCAAUGGAAGUAUUUGGGAACCAAUUGAGAGAGAAUUCGAACAGCUGGAAUAUCUUCUGAUUGACGAAUCAAAUCUUGAGGAAUGGUUGGCAGAAAGCAACCACUUUCCGAAACUCAAGAGUCUAGUGCUUAAAGGCUGUCCUUCUCUUAGUGUGAUUCCAGAGGAUAUUGGAUACAUUCCGACACUUGAAUUGAUUGAGCUCGAUGGGCAAAACAAAUCUCUUGUGGAGUCGGCCAAAAGUAUACAAAGGGAUCAAAUGGAGAAUGAAAACUACAGCAUUCAUAUUCGUUAUUGA